AACACUCAACAUCGUAGGUAGGAAGCAUAGAAGAAAAUGGACCAAUUUGGAGAUGAAGAUUUGCGUUCAAUCUUAUUCGGAACCAUUCCAAAACAUGAAGAUUUGAUUUAUCUCCUAGGAACGAUUAACUUCUCUGACAAUAAUGCAGCAAGUAUAUCAAACAAAGCAUAUCAAUGUCAGAUUUUCAAGUGCAGAUGUUUAAUUUUCACCGUACCUGAUGUGAUUUCUUCUCCCAUGCUCGGAGCUGUUGAAAACAUACACAUCAUAAUAAGUAAAAGCUAUUAUAAAUCUGGCAAGUUGGUUCCUCAUCUAGAAAGAAUGAACAUAGAGGUAACUGAGCCACUGCCGCUCACCAAUGCAGUCUAUGAAGCCUGUCUGAGAUACACAAUCCUCGCUCGGUUGGCUCCCUCUUGGAACCAGGUGGAGAAGUAUCUUGUACGAGGACGAGACUUUCUCCUCUCCGCCUCCCCUAGCGAUGCUGUCAAACUGGAUAUAGUCAUUAAUGAAGUAGACAUGCACAUUGUGUUGUGGCCGCUACGUGUGAGACUUCCCUUGCUUGCUCCCCAAGACCUCCAAGCUACCUCAUCCCAUCCUUUCUCCUGGGAUCUGUCCGCAAACAAUAAAACUGUCCAUGUGUUGCCUAGUUUGAACAAAGCCAACGUUGAGAUGGUGUCAAGUUCAAUACCGCAAAAUUCCUUAUUCAAGUCAUAUAAGGACCUUAAGAGACACUGGAAAAAUUCUUAUGGCUACAGACUGCCUGAUAGUGAGGAAGGAGUGGUUUACGUCACAGUCAAGUUCGGUCGUUGGUUUUCUGAGAGUUUGACAUACCCAAUAAUGUGUGUCAGGGCGAGACGGCCAGUCUUUCUUCGCCAACGAGAGCCAGAGCGAGUCCUGCUUCAGAUACUUGCAGACCUUCACUCCAAAGUGCCAACCAUCUGCGGCUAUCCAUUUGCAAUAGAUGCUAAAGUCCGCUACGCAAUGCCCAAACUUAAUGUCCUUUCUGAGAUACUUUACCCAAGCAACUUGACCGAGGUCAAGCCUGAGCGAAAGAAGGAGUACAUAGAGGAAGACAACUCGGAAGCUAGCCAGAAUGUAAGCAUGUGUGGCCAGCCAGUUACCCAGUACAGCCAGCCAGUCAGCCAAUAUAGCCAGCCAGUUAGCCAAUACAGCCAACUAAUCAGCCAAACCCUUAUGAGCAGACCAAGAAGUCAAGCGGAGAACAAAGUACCGCCAUUGUUAUUCGAAUUACUGAAGAAAAAGAAUACUUCUGCUCAACCUUCCUUUGGUUCUCCAAAAACAAACCCUAUGUCCAGACCAAAAAAAGUGAAAACGCUAUUGAAUUUCCCUGAUAAUACCAACAAGAAAUCAAGGAGCAGGCCACAACUACAACUAGACGUAGACGUGAAAGAACUUGCAAGGAAAAAGGGAGGUUUGGACAAAGUGAACACUACUACGCUGAUAGCUUAUCUGCGAGAGGUCGGUGUUCAUUGUAAGAUCAAAGACAAGAAAAGUGACUUGGUCAACAAGGUGUUGGCUCACCUACACCUGCUUGCUGAGACACCUGCGUCUGCGACCCACACCAGCAGUCAAGAGAUGUAGUGUCAUGCUCGCAUUACAGGAGUAAUAAUACAUUGUUUGGGAGCCAUAAUCUGUGAUAUUUGAGGUACUAAUCUUUGUAUUUAGAUUAGGUUAAGUUACAACCUUUGUUUGGAGGCUUUAAUGGCUUGUGUUGAAGAUCACAACCCAUAGUUGAAGAUUGCUGCUGGACAUUAAUGACUUUGAAACCUCAGUGACUAGGCUGAUCCUUUAGUUAGCUACUGAAUAUGUCUCUUCAAAGGUCAAUACGUCUGCAGCAAUCUUAAACUAACACUAUGGUUAACGUUGAAGACUUCUUUAGAUUCUAAUAUUGAGUUACAAAGUUGGUAUACCAAUGUAUAAGAUUCGCCUGUGAUAACCAAGGUUAUAGGAAAAGUUAACACAUUUUUUGUCCAGUUUUUGUCUUUAUGGUGUAAAUAGUUGUGUUUAGUUGUCAAACGAGAUUUGUUAAAGGUUAGAAGUUACACAAGGUAUUGAUGGGAAAAUCAAUUCAUAAUGUGUUACAUUAUAAUUAUAGAAUAUACGAGAAAGGUCUUUUGUAGAAGGAUUGGAGUAAAGAUUACUGUUUUAAAUAUAUAAUAUUUCCAUGGGUAAAGAAAAUAAUUUAAAAUCUUUCUGAGUGUAGUUUUACUGAUGAUUAAUAAUGUUGUCAAUACUGACUAGUUUGUAUGUAUUUUGAAAAUGUGUUAACGUUCUUUUGCUUUUCUUAGUAAUAUAAAAAUAUUGUCUAGGAACUAUCCCCCAACCUUGCUGUGUGUGGUUUUGAAAUAGUAAACCAAAUUGUCAAAAUAAUUUAAUUGUUAUCUUUGUAAUACAUACAAUCCAUGAAAUUGUUUCAAAAUAAAA